AUGAUUUCAGUCUCAAACUCGGCGAAAAAGGCUGUGGCGCUCCAGAGGGGGCGGGGCCAGGACCGGGAGACCACGCCCCCACCCGGGCCGCGCCUCACCGGGGGUCCUGGGACUGACCCCGAGACCGCCGAGACCGCCCUGCGCCACGGCCGCACCACAGGAAGGCUUUUUCCAGUGUACUGGAGCGAGGCCGACGCCACGGGCACCUACAGCUGCCCGCAGUGCCGGCAGGCCUUCAGCCCCAAGCCCCACCUCUCCCGCAACACCAUGCUGGCCGAGGCCGUGGAGCAGCUGCGCACGUCGGCGGCCGUGCCGUGCGACAUGUGCACCGGGCAGAAGCAGCGGGCGGCGGUGAAGAGCUGCCUGGUGUGCAUGAGCUCGUACUGCGAGAGCUACCGCAAGCACCACCAGGGCCAGAAGUCGAUGCGGCAGCACGAGCUGAUCGGACCCACGGGCCAGCUGGCCCAGAAGAUCUGCACGGAGCACAAGUACCUGCAGGAGUUCUACUGCCGGCCCUGCGGGCGCUUCGUGUGCUGGCUGUGCACCAGCAACCAGCACAAGGGCCACGAGUGUGUGUCGACCAAGGCUGAGCGCGUGGAGAAGCAGAAAGUUCUGACGGGGCUGCAGGCUGAGAACCACCAGAGACUUCAGGAGAGAGAGAGGGAGUUGAAGGAGAUGAACAGAAUGAUGGAGAUCAUGAAGCACUCGGCGGAGCGCGUGCGCACCGACGCGGAGCUGGUGCUCUCGGAGCUGCGCUGCUCGGUGGAGCGGCUGCAGACGCUGGUGGAGACCAUGCUGGAGCGGGCAGAGCUGGACAAGAUGGCGGAGGCCCGCGAGGUGGCCGACAGCCUGGCGGCUGAGGUCAAGGAGCGCAAGAGGCGCGAGGAGGAGAUGAAGGAUCUGGUGCGCUGCGAGGACCACAUCCACUACCUCCAGACGUGUGAGGAGCUGACCAGCCCUCUGGAGCUGGAGGAGCUGCCGGGCGUGCUGGUGAACCUGGAGGCCUCCUUCGACCCGGCGAGAGAGGCCAUCCUGGACCUCAGGGAGCACGUGGAGGACCUGUGCAACGCAGAGCUGGGGAAGAUAACCAAGAAAGUAAACGACACAAGCCUGUUCACGCUAGAGGGAAGCAACUCUAACCGCGGUGCAAAAGGAGGCUUUCUCAGAUUGUUUUCAGGUCUAGGCGCCCGCACUGCGACCAGUCGUCCAACAGCGACCUCCCCGAGCGUGUCAGUAGGGGUCCGGACGCCGGACAGGAGAGGAAUUGGAUUAGAUGUGAGGGGUAGGGACCCACCACGAGGAAGCUCCCCCAGGCCCCAGGACGGACCGAGAAGAGAAAACCGGGGAUUAGAAAGCAGCGAGGGAGAGCAACAGCAGGCGGCCCAGCCCGCGGCCCAGUCCGACUCUGAGCCGCCCGCCGCCGCCACCGCCGCCGUCCCCCCGGCUCCCGUCCCGGCCCCCGUCCGGGCAGCCAGCCCGGCCCAGGCCAUCGCUGGAUCCUUCAGCCGGAUGUCCUCCAUCAGCAGCCUCUUCCGCUCCCAUCGCCGUGGCAACGCCAGGGCCACCCCUGUGCCGGACGCGACCCAUCCAGCCAGCGGUCGCAGCGGUCCGUCGAUCAGAGGCGGGAACCCAUGGGGAAUAGGCACUCUGUCUGAAACGCUGACAGAAGUUAACCCCGGCCUGUUCUUGGAUUCACCCUCCCCAGACUUCAUGCCGAACGACGCCCAAGUGUUCCCAGCAUUGAGGGAGAUCAACCUGGACAGCAUCCAGGCACCUGAACCCAGAGGCAGAGAGGAGUUCCUUCAGUACGCCGUCCAGCUGACCCUCGACCCCGACACGGCGCACCGGCGGCUGGCGCUCUCCGACGGCGACACCAAGGCCACCCUGCAGGCGGUCGCCGCGCCCGCCGCCGACAACCCGCAGCGCUUCGACGGCUGGACCCAGGCGCUGAGCCGCGGCCUGCUGGGCGGCGGCGGCCGCAGCUACUGGGAGGUGGAGUGGCGGGGGCGGGGCUCCUCGGUGGGCGUGGCCUACGGCUCGCUGGCCCGCAAGGGCGGCGACGGCCAGGCCGGCUUGGGCUACAACGCGCGCUCCUGGAGCCUGGAGCUGUCGGACACGCGCUGCGUGGCCAUGCACGACAACGAGAGGCGGGACAUCGCCGUGGGCUACUCGCCGCGCGUGGGCGUGUUCCUGGACCCGGCGGCGGGCACGCUGGGCUUCUACAGCGUGGCCGACGGCAUGAGCCACCUGCCGCUGUACGCCGCGGUCGGGGUGGGCGUGGGCGUGGGGAUGGACUUCGCCCCGGGACAGUUCAGCAGCAGCGCCGACAGCGUCAAGCUCUGUCCCAUGUGA